AUGGCUGGCAAUGAAAAAGAGAUUCGGGACGCGCCGGGGAGUUAUAAGGCGGGCAUUUGGACUCAUUUUGGAUUCUACAAUAAACCAGGGAGUAAGGAGUAUGACAAGAGCCAUGCAGUGUGCAAAAUAUGUGAGGCCAGAAUCAAAUACUGCGGGAAUACGACAAACCUACGUGCCCACAUGCCCAGGCAUCAUGGCGACAUAGAGGUAAACUUAAAACAAGCAGCUAGUACCACUACCCCCGCUUCUCAGAGGACUCUUGACCAAGCUAAUACUGCCAAGUUUCCACCAGGCUCGAUUCGUGCAACAAGAAUAACACAAUCUGUGCUCUAUUUCAUUUGCAAAAACCUGCGCCCUCUUAGUGUGGUGGAGAACGAGGGCUUUCAGAUUAUGGUGAAUGAGAUGGAGCCCCGCUACGCCCUACCCUCCCGACAACACAUCACAGACAUCGCUUUACCGAAGAUGUACAAAGAUGUAAAGAAGGUUGUGCUGGAGGAACUGAGUUCUGCCGGGAGAGUGGCUUUGACAUGUGAUGCUUGGACUUCCAGAUGUACCGAGUCGUACGUGACCAUAACAGCUCAUCACAUUACGGGCGAGUGGAAGUUAGUCUCACACGUGCUGCAAACGCGAGCCAUAUAUGACAGCCACACUGGCGAAAACAUUGCAGGUUUGCUCCGUGGUGCUCUUGAUGAAUGGGGCUUGACUGCUAAAGAUCCCGUUGUCGUCACAGAUAAUGCUGCCAAUAUGGCUGUGGCUGCUAGACUUGCACAGGUUAGCCACAUUCAGUGUUUUGCUCACAGCCUAAACCUAGCCUCACAGAAAGCACUUAAACUACCAUCAGUGGCCAGACUGCUUGGAAGAAUUAGGCGUGUCACUGGCUUUUUUAGGCGCAGUGCAAUAGCCAGUCACCAGCUAAAUCUCAAACAGGACCAACUCCAGCUACCAAAGCACAGGCUGAUUACAGAUGUCGUUACACGCUGGAAUAGCUCCUAUGACAUGACUGAGAGGUUUUUAGAACAGCAACCAGCAAUAUGUGCAGCACUUCUUUCCAAUGAGGUCAGGAAAAAUGAAAAGGAUAUCUUCACAUUGACUGAGUCAGACAUCACAUGUGCAGAAGAGGUCCUGAAAGCUCUGAAGCCUAUGAAAGAUGCCACAUUAGUGAUGUCAGAGGAGAGCAUGCCAACACUGUCACUGAUUGCACCACUUCAUGCCAAGCUCAUCAUGGGCACUGAACGAAGUCCUGAUGAUUCAGAUACAGUCAAGGAUAUUAAGGAAGCAAUAGCACAAGAUCUAAAAAAAAGAUAUGCAAAUGAAAAGGAGACCCUGUACAUGGCAUCAGCUGUUGACCCUCGGUUCAAGAAUCUACCCUUCCUCCCUGCUGAUGAGGCUGAUGACAUCUACGCACGACUGACUGAAGCUGUGGAGGUUGAGAUACAAAAGCUAACUACUACUUCUACUAUGCAGCAAGAAGAAGAGGAGGACAAAGAAGACAAUCAACCAGCAACUAACAUCCAGCCACCCAUGAAGAAACCCAGAGCAUCAUGUGCAUUGGCUGAGCUGCUUGGACAAACUUUUUCCUUUGACAAACACCAUCGAGCACAAAAAUCUGCACAUGAUGUUGCAGCAACUGAAGUUAGAAUGUUUAGAGAUGAAACCCCCUUGCCUCUCAGUGAUGACCCUCUUGACUGGUGGAGGAAGCACAUUGCAGAGUAUCCUCACAUUGGUAGAGUAGCAAAGUGUUUCCUCUGCAUCCCUGGUACAAGUGUCUCUGCAGAACGAGUUUUCUCCACUGCAGGAGACAUUGUGUCUGCACAAAGAAGUGUCCUUAAAGCUGGGCAUGUAGAUCAGCUUGUGUUCCUCAACAAGAAUCUUAAGAUGAAGAAAAAAUAAGCUCAGUAGCUCACAUGUUCCAUCCUUUUAGUCAUAGUAGUCAUGUCAUAGGAGCUAUUCCAGGCGUUGGCGUUUGUUAUACUGCAAACAUGUUUUGCUGACGUUGCACUUUUAACAGUGUAGGGUUUUAUAAUAGUUGUCUAACUUGUCUUACUACGUCUACUACAGAUGUACAUAUUCUGCAGAAACACUUGUACCAUGGAUGCAGACAAAACACUUUGUAGUGUACUCUACCUUUUUGAGGAGGAUACUCUACUAUUCCAGGCGUUGGCCUUUGUUUUAUACUGCACAGAUGUUUUGCUGUGCCUGUUGCACUUUUAAGUGUAGAGUUUAUAAUUGUUGUGUUACUGUUAUCAAUAACUAACUAUUAAGUAAAUAUCUACACUUAAAAGUGCAACAGCUAAACAUCUGUGCAGUAUAAAAAAAAAGUCCUGGAAGCAGAGUAUCCUCCUCACAUAGGA